AUGGGUAAUUCUCCGGUCAAGCCCAUUCCAGUGGUGAUGGAGCCUUCUGGCUACCUUACGAAGAUGCUCAAAGCAAGCCAAGGGACAGUUUAUGUGCCGCCAAACGACGCUGCAGCUCCAACGUCCGACUCUGAUACCCGGUUCUACCUAUACAAAUUCGACGCAUCGUCGCCGAAUGGACAGAAAAUACCACUAAUAAACUCGAAAUCAUACUACACUAUAGGCAAGGACCCAUACACAAACGACAUCGUUGUUUCAGAUGAGCUUGUUUCAGCCAACCACGCCGUUCUCCAACGUCUUGCGGUUUGGAGAUCCUGA